AUUGACUUGUGAACCCAUAUCAAAAUGUCAUUCAUGAUAUGAUAUGACUGAGAAUAUGAAAGAAAAUAAUCAUGGCAUUCAAGAAGCAGGUCAUCAUGUUAAAUUUUCACUUUCAGUCUUGAAGCACGAAGAAAACUCUGAUGACAAGAGUUGCCAAACAGGCAGACAGACGCCAUUCCAGGGUGUGAAGAUGGCUGAGAAACAGCAGGUUUUCCAGAAGGAUCUGUGCUGUUAUAUUUGCUCUGAGACAUUUAAGGACCCUGUCUCUCUUCACUGUAAUCACAGCUUUUGUCAGACAUGUCUUUCUAAAUUCUGGGGAAAAGCAAAGAAUAAGAACUGUCCUGUCUGUAAUAGAAAGUCAUCAAUGGAGGAUCCGUUGAUUAAUUUCUCCUUGAAGGAACUGGUGGACUCCUUCACUGGACGCCUUAAACUGGAUAAAAACCCAGACGAGGGGAAGGAGGUGGUGUGCAGUAAACACACCAGAACACCAAUAUGGUUCUGUGUGGAUGAAGACAGGGCUGUGUGUGACGACUGCCAAAACCCCACACAGCAUGCUACACACACAGUUAUACCCUUAGAGGAGGCCGUACAGGACAUGAAGGGGAAACUGAAGUCAGACUUGGAGAAAAUGCAGAAAAGUCUGAAAAAAUACACAGAUACUGAAAAGGUUCAUAAGGACAUGGUGCAGCAUACAAAAAGCCAGCUAGCUGCUACAGAGAGAAGCAUAAAGGAGGUAUUUGAGCAGCUCCAUCAGUUCCUGAGAGAGGAAGAGGAGGCCAGACUGACUGCACUGAGGGAGGAAGAGGAGCAGAAGGGGGAGAUGAUUGGAAUGAGAGAAAUAAAGACCCUUCAGGAGCAGAUUCAGACUUUAAAGGACUCAAUUCAGCAUGUGGAUAAUGACCUGAAGCAGGACAGCGUGCCCUUUCUCAAGGGAUACCAGGGCACAAAGAGCAGAGCCCAGUGCACACUACGGGACCCACCGCUGCUAUCAGGGGCUCUGAUAGAUGUAGCCCAGCACCUGGGCAACCUCAAGUACAGAGUCUGUGAGAAGAUGGUGGAGAGUGUAGAAUACUACCCUGUAAUCCUGGACGCCAGUACCGCAAAUCGCUACCACUUUCUUUCUGAUGACCUGACAAGUGUAAAAAACAUGGACACCAAACAUCAGCUGCCGGGCAACCCAGAGCGAUUUAUGAAGUAUAAUGAUGUGCUGGGCUCUGAGGGCUUCACCUCAGGAAAGCACUGCUGGGAGGUGCAGGUGGGGGACAGGAGGAAGUGGACUUUGGGUGUAGCCAAGGAGACGGUGGAGAGGAAGGGAGAGACAUCCUUAGGUCCAUCAUAUGGGUUCUGGACUGUAAAGAAGAGUUCUGAUAAAUAUAAAGCAGGUUCUAAGACCCUCUCCCUGGAGACUAAACCUCAGAGGGUCAGAGUGCAGCUGGACUAUGAGAGAGGCGAGGUGUCCUUCUACGACCCCAGUGACAUGUCUCACAUUUACACUUACAAGGACACUUUCAAGGACAAGUUGUUUCCAUAUUUUGGUACUGGGAGUGAUGAUACAAGUGAAGAGAGUCUUCAGAUCUGCCCUUUUAAGGUAUCCCUAAAAGUGAAAAAUCUUUGAAUUAGUGUUCAAUGUGCAAAGCUUCAUUGAAUCUUGUUUAACAAUCUGUACUUGGUAGGAUGCUAGCAGCUGUACUUUCAUAUACUUUGUGAUGAUUUUUCUCAUUCUGGAGACUGGACUAUUUAACUAAGCAAUGGCCAAGCGUAAACUUUACAUCCAGCCAUGCCACCGCUACUAAAAGUAACUUCAGCCGGUUGCUCCAUUGCUUAUAUGGACCUGUCUUCAUCCACACAGAACAGUCGCUGUUUU